GCUCAUGGCCAAUCAGCUCCCUGCUUGGACGGAUUUUCUUCGGAGAUGAAUGUUUACAGUUUCCACGGUAAUCAGGGGAUGAAAGCGCUUCCUGUCGAUCAAAGAUGGCGGUGAUGAGCCGCUGCUAACAUGCUAGGCUAACAGCUAGCUGGAAUCACAGCGGCUGAAGAGGCUGAAGGCAUGGAUUGAACAGAAAGUGGUUCGCUGGAUCCGCUGCGUCUGUGGUUGCCCUGGAAACGGAGCCAUGAGUGAUGAGGAGGCCCAUCGAGAGGAGAAACCUUUUGUGCGUGGUGACGGACAGCCAGAGCCCAAACGGUAACUGGCCACAGACGUCCAUCUCUGGGUCUCUGUUCCACGUGUCCAGUCAAGAUGAAGAGGAGGAGGACCUUGUUUUGGACCACAACCAUGUGUCCCGGUCCUCUGAACAGCUUCUGACUAUGGUGUCCCAGCGGUACCCGGUGGGAUCUCUGCCGGAGCAGUAUCCGGCCCUGUGGAGGCUCAUGGAGCAGCGGUCUCUGCUGCUCUUCAUCCAUGAAUUCACCAGGAGGGUUCGCCUUUCAGCAGCUUUCAUAUCCAGACUGAUCCACUUGCUGCAGGAGCUUCCUUUAAAUCAGGUCCCGUCCAGCUCGCCUUCAUCCAGAACCUGCCUGGUCUCUCUAAUCCAGGAGUUCCGCCUCCAUCUGACCCACUGGACUUGCCUCUACAGUGGAGUGGGUUCUGACCCGUGCCUGAGGCGGGCCCUGCUCCCUCAGACUAGAAUGCUAGAGGAAAUGAAGCGGACUCUGGACAUGCAGGCCUCAAAGCUCCUGGUCUUAAUGGAUCAGUAUGUUUACGGGGUUCUGUCUGUGCUGGGAAGCGGCGAGAGCGACCCGGUUCUGGCGGACCUCCUAGCAGGAGCGGAGCAGUUUGAGCAGGCAGUGGAGGAGCAGCUCAGUCAGUCCAAACUCUGCCGCGGUCUUCCUCAGCCCUUUACUGCAUCACUGAUGAAGAUUCUGGCCGUCCGGCAAGCAGAAACCGUCGCCACACAUCUGGAACUGUGGAUCUCAGAGCAGAGCCGUGACGUUAGCAACUGGGUCGGUCCGGUUCCUGAAUGCAGCUGUGGCGUUCCCAGCAUCACCUGGGAACAGUUGUGGCAGAUGUACAGGACCUCAUCUCCCCUUCAGUUCCAGAAGCAAACCUUCCCUCAGGUUUCAUCUUUGUGUGAUAAGCCCCGCCCUCUCUUCAGCCUUCCCCCUCACCAUCAUCAUCAUCAGUGCAGCCAGUGUGGUCUCACUGAGCCCAGAAGCUCUGCAUCUGACCCAGAAGAACCAGCCAGUUCCCAGAAGUGGACCCGUCUUGCUGUCAGUGGCUCCCAUCAUGCCUCAGGCCCACGGCAGCAGAACCACCAGCUGGCCUCGGCCCGGUUACAGGGAGUUCUGUUCCAGAUGCAGCGGCUCAUCCAAAGAGCGCUCAGGACAUGGACGGAGCCAGAGCCGACUGGACCGAGGAGGGAAAGGCUGCAGAACCGGACGAUGCAGUUAGGAAGGCUGCAGGAUGUGAUCAGUCAUGGUUUACUUUGGUCUGUUUCAGGUCUGUUUCCAGAGGAGUUCAGAACCAUCCUGGAGGACUUCAGCCUGAACCUGUUGGUCCAAUCAGCACUGGCCCACUGGGACUCAGUUGUGUGCAGAGGUUUAGGUUCAGCCCUGAAGGAUAAAUGUCUCAGAACUGAGAGCAGCAGCUGUGCAGCAGAGGGAAGGACGACAUCCCAGACCAUGAGACACUUCCUCCAACUGCUCCCCCCUCUGCUGGCGUCUCUAGGCUGCUUUCUGUCCAUCUGCUCGGCGCCCGAAGCUUCUGGCCUCCUUCUGCCCAGCUGUGUUCUGCAGAGACACACCGCAGCUGCACUGUUAGCCUCGCUCCAAAUCUGCACGGUGUGGGUGGAGUCUAAAGCUCAGCAGUUUCUCUCCUCCUGGAGUCCAGAACGGUUCCUGCUGGUCUCACAGGGAGAUCUGCCGAUGUUAAUGGAUUCUGUGGAGCAGAUGAUGGAUCUCACAAAGUCCUUUCUGAGGAGCCUCGACUCGGAGCAUCAUCCCACUGCCAGGAGCCAUCAUCAGCGCCUCCUGAGGAACCAGCUGGACGCUCUGGAUGGGGCUGCAAAUGAGCUAAAGGACUUCUCCUCUCUGGUGCUGGAGAACUUCUCUACUGAUUGCAAGCGGAUGUCAGGGGAGAUCUUUGAACGCACCAUGCCUCCUGCAGUCCACUGGAGACCAGGCCAAAGGACAGGCCUCCCCAGCAGCCCCAGUGAAAACGCAUCACUGGCAGCUCAGGCUGUGAUUGGCCGAGUCCUGGAGGCGCCGCUGUCAGAAGACGCUCGUGUCGGAGCGCUCAGUGUCACCAUGACGGCUUUCAUGGAGGCCUGGAUGGAGCACAUCCUACGGCAGAAGAUCAAAUUCAGUGUCCAGGGGGCGCUGCAGCUAAAGGAGGACUUUGAUUCAAUCAGAGAGAUGAUCAAGUCUGACAAGUACGGCCUGUCGGCCGACCUCGUCCAGAGACUCCUCGCUCUCAGGUAGCCCCGCCCCUCUGUCCCCACUCUGCUUCAGCCUUUUAA